AUGGACGAAGAGAGCGAGUUACUAAAAUCAGGUGAUGAUGAGUUGAUAAAAUGUUAUAUGAAACAAAUAAAUGCUUGGAAAUUAGUGGCCCAAUCUAUUCAAUAUUGCGUAACAUUCACCCCUUACGUAACGUUAUUGUUCUUGCAAAUUCUGGCCUAUACUCAUGUAGCAAAUGAAAUCAUAAUACAGAGUACUGCUAUAGCUACAGCUGCUUACGACAGUGAAUGGUAUCAUUUCAACGAUGAAUACAAGAAACGAUUAUUAUUUUUGAUAAUCAGAGCUCAAAAGCCAUUGUCAAUGAACAUCGGAUCUUUUGGUCCUAUGACCAAAGAAACAGCGUUAUUUAUGAUAAGAGCUGUGUAUUCAUACAUUGCUUUUUUCAAUAAUUCAGAUUGAGGACUUGGAUCUGCAAAGAAGAUGAGUGAAAUUAUAUAUCUACACUACACUUUACACUUCGAUAAUAAAGAAGUUGCUA